UUAAGAAGCACAAAGGCUCAGAUCAAGUGAGGAGAAGAGUUUAGUUACUAAAAACACAAAACACUUUCAUUACUUUCAGCAACAAAAACAAACUCUUCUUCUUCUUGUUUUUCAAAAGUGUUUUUAUUGUUUCAGUUUUGAACAAAAAUGUUUAUCGAAAACUUCAAGGUUGAGAGCCCCGACGUGAAGUACACAGAGGAUGAGAUUCAGUCUGUGUACAAGUAUGAAACCACUGAGCUCGUUCAUGAGAACAGAAAUGGAACUUAUCAGUGGAUUGUCAAGCCCAAGACUGUGAAAUAUGAAUUCAAAACCGACGCUCGUGUCCCCAAACUAGGGGUUAUGCUUGUGGGUUGGGGAGGAAACAACGGUUCCACACUCACUGGUGGUGUCACAGCAAAUCGAGAAGGAAUCUCCUGGGCCACCAAGGACAAGGUGCAACAAGCCAAUUAUUUUGGCUCACUAACACAAGCAUCAUCAAUCAGAGUUGGAUCUUACAAUGGAGAAGAGAUUUAUGCUCCAUUCAAGAGCCUUCUUCCCAUGGUGAACCCAGAUGACAUUGUUUUUGGAGGUUGGGACAUAAGUGACAUGAAUCUUGCUGAUGCCAUGGCAAGAGCCAAAGUUUUUGACAUUGAUUUGCAAAAACAAUUGAGGCCCUACAUGGAAUCCAUGGUCCCUCUCCCUGGAAUCUACGACCCUGAUUUCAUCGCUGCCAAUCAAGGGUCACGAGCCAACAACGUGAUCAAGGGGACCAAGAAAGAACAACUUGAACAAAUCAUCAAGGAUAUUAGAGAGUUCAAGGAGAAAAGCAAGGUGGACAAAAUUGUUGUACUGUGGACUGCUAACACAGAGCGGUACAGUAAUGUGAUUGUGGGGCUGAAUGAUACCAUGGAGAAUCUUUUCGCUUCAUUGGAUAAGAAUGAAGCUGAGAUUUCUCCUUCAACUUUGUUUGCUAUUGCUUGUGUACUUGAAAACGUUCCUUUCAUCAAUGGAAGCCCCCAGAACACCUUUGUUCCAGGGCUCAUUGAUUUAGCUAUUAGCAGAAACAGUUUGAUCGGCGGAGAUGACUUCAAGAGUGGUCAGACUAAGAUGAAAUCUGUUUUGGUUGAUUUUCUUGUUGGUGCUGGCAUCAAGCCAACUUCAAUUGUGAGCUACAAUCACUUGGGAAACAAUGAUGGCAUGAAUCUCUCGGCCCCACAAACCUUCCGCUCCAAGGAAAUCUCCAAAUCCAAUGUUGUUGAUGACAUGGUUUCCAGCAAUGGUAUCCUCUAUGAGCCGGGCGAGCACCCUGACCACGUCGUGGUCAUCAAGUAUGUGCCAUAUGUUGGGGACAGCAAGAGAGCCAUGGAUGAGUACACAUCCGAGAUAUUCAUGGGUGGCAAGAACACCAUUGUGCUGCACAACACUUGUGAAGACUCUCUUUUGGCAGCUCCCAUCAUUUUAGAUUUGGUUCUUCUAGCUGAACUCAGCACCAGGAUCCAGCUCAAAGCUGAAGGAGAGGGAAAGUUCCACUCUUUCCACCCUGUGGCUACCAUUCUCAGUUACCUCACCAAGGCCCCUCUUGUUCCACCAGGGACGCCAGUGGUGAAUGCACUCUCAAAGCAGAGGGCUAUGCUGGAGAACAUCCUUAGGGCAUGCAUUGGGUUGGCUCCAGAGAACAACAUGAUUUUGGAAUACAAGUAAAAUAUUAUUCUGCAAGGAGAGAAAAGUGGAAGACUGAAUGGAUUUUCCCUUUCUCUUUAAUCAAAGCUGUGGUUAAUGUUUUCACUUUCCACUUUCUUGGCAUGAAUUGUGGUUAAUUAAGAGUCCUAUAUAUGUUGGUAUCUUUAGUCCUGUGUAGCCCAUUUGCCUUGUACCUCAUUGUGGAGCAGCCAUCCAUCUGCUUUGUGUUGGUAAAUAAUAUAUCAAAUUAAGUUCAAAAAUAUGUUCUUGCUAUCCUGUAA